CUUAUAAUAAAUUCAGUUACGAAAAGAACAGUUUUGAUUGCAAAUUAAAGUAGGAUAAAACAAUUUAAAAUGCUUAAAAUAAUUAACAUUUUGACAGUGACGAUAUGAAGUGUACAUGAAAUAAGGGAGCUUCCAAAGGUCAAGCUCCUUUUGUGAAACUUCCAAGUUUAUCCUUUCCUUCUUGUCGCGAAUAAUGAAGGAGGGCGCCCUCUACCGGAUUUUGUUUCCAGCACGCGCUAGUUUCCGUUUUCGUUCGUUGUCUCAGUCGCUUAACAGAAAGAGAACGGAUCGCCUAAAAUCACUCUAUUCAUUCACGCAGCUUGGAUGUUGUGUGAAAAAUAAAAAUAGUGGUGGCUUUGACAGGAGAGUGCAAAAACAAAAAGUGUCAAGGGUGUUAGUGGAAAGAUUGCCAAAUGAAAAAUCAGUAGCGGAACGGAAGUUUCCGCGCGCAACUAUUUUUUUUUCAAAAUGUGACUGUCACAGCAAGUGUUCAUAUAAGAAAAAAAAAUUAAAUUGUGAAGUUUUUCUUUAUUUUUUGUGGGGUUCGAGGGCAAAAAACAUGUCCCGCAAAGAAUUGAGGCAAGUAAAAAAGUGCAAGAGUGCUACAUUUCAACUGGAUGGAUUUUGCUACACAAUUGUUGCUAAUCCUCCAGACGAAGAUGAUCCCGCCCAGCCUAAGGAUGAAGAAACUCCCUUAUCUCCUGGGCCAGGUUCUGCUGUCCUUGUACGCAAAACAAAAGAUUCGACUCCUAGAUCCCCAACAAAUGGGAGCUCUGGGGAAGGAGAAGAUGACCUGCCACCUGUCGACACCCUUGAAGCAUGUGAUAAAGCAGCUGAGAGAUUGCGAGAAUUAUCGAAUCACUUGAACCAUGGAGAAGUACCAAUGGACGUUCUUCAGCGCACAGUUGGUUACGCAGUAUCUGUACUUGAGACAAUAUAUAUGGAUGAGACCAAGCGUCUCUUAGAUGAAGACGAUGAGCUGUCAGAGGUACAACCGGAUGCCGUCCCUCCCGAAGUCCGGGAGUGGUUGGCCGCCACCUUUACCCGCCAGAUGUCGACGACGAGGAGAAAGUCUGAAGACAAACUUCGUUUCAAGUCCGUCGCCCACGCCAUCCGUGCAGGCAUUAUGGUGGAUAGGAUCUACAGACGGUUGUCCAGUUCCAGUAAUCUCCAGAUGCCUGCACAGAUUGCUCAGCUACUUAAGAAUAGUGAGGACUGGUCAUUUGACGUUUUCACUCUGAAUUCGGUAGCGGGUGGACAAUGUUUGAGAUACAUGGGACACUACCUCCUCAACAGAUUCGGUCUCAUACAGAAGUUCAAGAUACCAACUGCAGCUCUUGAAAGUUUCCUUGUACAAAUCGAAAACGGGUAUGAAAGGUACAGGAAUCCAUAUCAUAACAACAUGCAUGCUGCUGACGUCACGCAGACUGUAGCUUAUUUAUUAUGUCAAGCUGGUUUAGCAAACUGGUUGACAGAUAUUGAAAUAUUCGCCACACUCUUUGCAGCUAUCAUUCACGAUUAUGAACAUACAGGGACAACAAAUUCAUUCCACGUAAUGUCCGGAUCAGAGACAGCAUUGUUGUACAACGACAGAUCUGUUCUGGAAAAUUACCACAUUAGUCAGUCCUUCAGACUACUAAAAGAUGAAGAACACUGUAUACUGAACAAUCUCAGUAAAGAAGAAUUCAGGGAGUUUCGAGCUCUAGUCAUUGAUAUGGUUCUGGCGACAGACAUGUCCUCUCAUUUUCAACAGAUCAAGACGAUGAAAAGUCUCCUCGCACACUCUGAUUUCAGUUCAAUGGAUAAAGCAAAGGUGCUAUCACUGAUGUUGCAUUGCUGUGACAUCAGCCAUCCAGCAAAAGACUGGAAUCUUCAUUUCAGAUGGACUCAGAGACUCAUGGAGGAAUUUUUCCGACAGGGUGAUAAAGAGAACGAGUUGGGUUUGCCUUUUUCCCCUUUAUGUGAUCGAAACUCUACACUUGUCGCUGAAUCACAAAUAGGUUUUAUUGACUUCAUAGUUUCACCAAGUUUAGAAGUUUGUGGUGACAUGUUGGACAGAGUUUUACGUCACAUGGAAGGUCACAAAGAUGGUACCAUUGCUGAAGACACCUCAGUUCCUUCCAGAAACAGUCAGACAGGUUCACCAGCCAACAGUCCAGCGCACAGUCGAGCUUCACCGAGAUUGUUCAGCAGUCCUGCACAGUCUCCAAAGCGAAUGCCCAGUGGUGGAUCAAUACGCAGACCCUGGCUGAAAUGCCUUGAAAACAACAAGCAAAUGUGGCAAGAGCUCAGUGGAAAAGACGCAGAAUUGCGGGAACAAAUUACAGAAGCAAGCAAGAAAAGAUUCAAAGAAUAUUCGAAUGGGCUUGACAAAUAAAGAAUCAUCUAAACAAAGUUGGAUAUACUCAUAAAUUGUAAAGUUUAUAUGUAACAAGAACUGUGAGGAAAAGUUGUCUAAGUUGUUCGCUAUGAAAGAAAUGAACGCGAAUAGUUUCUUCUUUUCCGCUUUACCGAAACGGCUCUCCUGCUAUGGUUACCACUUUCCUAGAAAUAAAUUAUUUAUUUAAUUCUGACUACAAAAAAAAAACUGAAUUUAAUUCAGAAGUUACUCAGUACUGUUAUUUGUUUGUCUAAAUAUAUACAACAACAAGCAUUAAAAAAACUACAAAUUAGUUAUAAAACGGGCAAAUAAUUCUGCGCCAUAUGAGCCAAAAUUUCUGUGCCAUAUGCGCCAAUAAUUCUUGCCAGAGUUCAAUUUAAAUUGUCAGUAGCUAUUAUUAUUCAGUUUUAUUUUCUUAUAUUCCUUAUUAAUAAUACUAAUACUGAGUGCAACAUAGCUAUUUUCUUAAACACGAUUCAGAAAGCUCAUUUUCGUUGCCUUAAAAAUAUUAAAUUGAGAAACAUAUUUAUAAACUUCAGAAUAUAGCGUUUUUUUAGAAUUUGGUUGCUCAGCUCUUGUCCAAAUGUUACCAAAUAGUUUUUUUUUUUUUUCUUGUACUCUUUCUAAAUGGAAUGGACGUCUCAAUCCCAUUCUCUACACUCUUUCCCUCUCCGUUACCAUGGUUACGAAAAAUCUUGCUUUCUCUCAACGACAGUAUAUUUCAAUAAGAAGUUGCAUUAUACUGGAUUGGGGGAAAAAAGCAAGAUUUCGGUUACCAUAGCAAUGGAGAAAGGGGAAAUGGGAAGAGUGGGGAAAUCACGUAAAUUUAAGACGCCUAUCCUAUUUACCGAAAAUAAUGCAUGCUAAUUUAUAAAAAUUCAUUUCUUAGGGAAGUGGUGACCAUGCACAUGACCACCACCAUUGUGAUAACCCACAAUUUGCACCAUGCCCUUUUUCACUUACACCAUGUGCUGUUUCUUACAUGGUCAGUUACUUGGGAAAAAAUUACAAAGUGGCUUCAAAACAAAAGCGUUAUCAUAAUAUUUAAGUGUAGUAUUAAGAAAGAAAGUAUUAAACCUAAUGACCCACACUAAAAACUUUGAUACUAAAUAUAAUUUUUUUUAAUCAAAACAGAGAGAAAACAAAUCUCUCAAGUAAACAGAAAAUAUGAAGUACUUAUAGUAUAAACAUCUCAUUUUUAACUUUAUCGUAAAAGAAGUAAAGUGUUCAUGACUACCACUACUUAUUAACAGUUGAAAUAUGUAUAUCUACUUGAAAAUCUUUGGUAAUGCGUUGAAAAUAUGACGAAUGCGCAACUUUUGUCGGUAAUAAUUUUGUCGGCAACUUUUAUAGGUAACUUUACGUUUUUGAUUUCAAAUCAUUUUUAUAUUUUCGUUACUUUCACGUCUGACAAUUCUUGAAAAUGGGCGCCUAUUUUUGAAGUGCUUGAAACAUGUUGACUGUUAUUUCAUAUUUGAUUAUUUUGAAGCGAAUGAAGUUUCCAAUCAGGUAAAAGUGCAAUUAUUUCGUUUUUUAUUUUAUUUUGUUCAUUCAUACUUUUAAUUACUCAGCAGAACAGUUAGUGGAUGCCAACUUGCUCCACUAGGUAAAAAAAAGCUUUCUAGUGAUAGCUAAAUUUAUGAGUAAAUGUAUGAUUUUCGGAUUAAUAAUUUCGACUUUUACGGAUUUGACCCACUACUACAUAUAAAUAAUACGAACGUAUACUUAGUAUACGUAAUAAUGCACGUGUACGAACGUAUAAAAGUAAAUAAUACUUAGUUUUAGUUAUCCUGUUACGAGGUUUUUAAAGUGUUGGUGAAACUGUAGAAAAUUUAUUUAAAUUUAGUCUUUUUGUUCUCUACCACUGUAUAAAACAUUUUACGAAAAGUGGAGCAGUUGAUAUCUCUGAUUCUAAACUGGGUCUUUUAUUUUUUUUGCGCUGAAUACCAAGCGUUCUUUCCUAAAUCUACAUUUUAAGAUCGUUGCUAAGUCGGCUGAUAGGCUUAAGCCCUUCGGAAUCGUUUACCUAAAUUUCCUAACAAAAUAGAUAAAUCUACUAUAAAUUCUGUGGCGCUACAGCCCAUAAAGGGCUAAGGCCUACUGUGCUCAUCUCAGUUUUAUUGACCUGAUGCUCUAGGGUGCUGGAGCGAAUGUUCCGGUUGAUCCACUAUAACUGUUAACAAAUAAUGGUAGUUAUGAAUGAUUUACUAAUAAAAAAAAUAAAAUUUUCUUACAACCAGUAUCUUAUCAGUUCCGAGCUUGCAGCUAAUGAUUCCUAAAAGCUACUACUUUUGACUUUUUUCCAAGUAAAGCAUCACCCUGUGUUUGUACAUUAUUCCGUGAUGAUAUUCCGAUAUUUCUCUACUAUAAGCGGAUGAUACAAAAUGGCGAAAUUCAGCUACACUCGUUAAGAAUGGAAACGCAAUUAGAACAUUUUAUUAAAUUAAUUUAAAUAAUUAAUCUAUGCCCACAACAAUUCCAUAACAUCUUAAUUAAACAGUAUACACAGUGUUGCACAACGAGCACCCUUUGUAUGUAUUUUAAGGAUUUUUGUCAAAAAUGAAGAUAAAUUGUAUGCACAUGGGGGUCAUGAAUCAUUUAAGCAAGAAGAGCAAAAAUGCUAUCAAGAUCUGGCAAAUCCCUGUUGAAGAAGGGGGUAGUACUAAACGCAAAAACUCCUUUGAUU